GUCACUAAACAGGUUUUCAGACCAUGCCGCAAAGCCCGCCCUCGUGUGUGGUAACAGAGUUCAUUAUCAUAAUACAUACUCGAACAACCGUACCAUUCUGUUUGUAUAUAAACCUAAGAAAAUAGAGGUAUAGAUUUCCUUAUUUACUUCUCUCUUUCAGACACCUACAUACAGCAAUCAACACCCUUCAAUCACCUUAAACGCACAUUCUCAAGUUAGGGAAAUCUCAUAUAAUUACAAGACUUCCAACUCCACACAGAGAAAAUGAAGACUUCUAGCAUCCUUGCUUCUGCUCUCUUCUGGGCUGCCACAUUUGCUGGCGCCAUUGGUAGAGGCCCUUUUCGAACCUCCGCCGGUCUCCCAAGCGGCUACUCCUUAUCAAAUCUGACCUGGACCGGAAACAUCACUGCUAACGGGCCCGAGAUGUCAUUCACCGGCCCCAGUUUCCAGGAUAUCGACGCCCAGAUUCUCAAAGCCAACCCGGAUUUCAUGUGGCCUGACUCCAACAGCGUCGAUCCCGCAACUCUCGAGAAGUCGGAGGCUCAUUUAACCUGCGACCCCAACAACAUCUGGUACGCCCAGGCGUUCCGGAUCGAGGAAGGCAUCGACUACCUCUCGAGCCGGACUGGUAAGUGCCACAUGGACGCCGGUCCGAGGGUCUGCACGCGGAUCUCUUGCUCAUACAAGAGCGCGAUCUGGUGGUGCAAUGAUAAUUCGGAACCCAUCGAGGAAAACUGUCUGCUUUGGUCGCAUUACGCGGAAAACAUCCUAGACGUAUGCCGGUCCGGCGACGCCGCAGACAGAGUCAGGGGCCAAAAGUUUUCCUCGGCAAACUGGAACAUCUUGGUAGGGUUCGAUGACGACCAUUGUUAGGUUGUUAUUGGUCUGUCGUAUAAGAAGCUUAGUAGAUAGACAAGGUAGGUCUUGACCGAGCUCUCAUACAGUGCUUAGAUAGGUAUCAGACAAAUAAAGAUUAUACGACUUAUUGAAUAUUGUAAUUUGUGUGAUGAAAGAUUCCCCCUUUUUAGACGUAUGAGUAUGGUGGUCUGUGCUUGCUCAGACCUACUAGGC